AUGAAUCGAAUAGCUUUUCUAGGGCAUAGAGCUAGGUCCAGGGCUUUUCAGCGGUACCUUAUAAGUGGUUCUUUGCUCCUAGGUGCAAGUAGCAUCGGUGCAUACUAUUACUUUGCUACUUUACAUCAUGUUGAACUAUCACAAGACUACUUUACGAAGUAUAGAAUAUCAUACCGGGAGGAUAUCAGCGAUGAACAUUAUAUGUUGGAAUUGACUCCUGAAAGAGCUCAAAAGGUGAAUAUUUGGACAUCGAUGGGGUCUCACAAAUUAUGGUCGGUGGAAAUUAAACAACCAGAAAUAAUGGUUGUAAGAAGAUACACUCCUUUGCCGUUAGAGGCUGUUGAAGAAACUGGAUCUAUAGAGGCACUGAAAGAUGGUCAUAACGGUAGCGGGAAGCUAUUUUUCUAUAUCAAGCAGUAUGACAAAGGAGAAGUUGCUAAAUGGUUACGUCGGCUACCAAAAAAUCAUGUGGUCGAGGUACGAGGCCCUUACAUUGAAUACGAGUUUCCAAAGCUAGAUGAUGAGGUUAAGAGAAAUAGAUCUUUUCUUUGGGGGGAGACAGAUUCUAAGCCCGAAGUUUUCAAGUACCAGCCUUUUGAUAUUGCCAUGUUCCUUGCAGGGACAGGAAUUGUCACGGCCUUCCAGCUCUUGUUAAGUGAGGAUCCAUUUAAGGGUAAGAUUAGUGUGUACUAUUCAUGCAAGUGCUUGGAAGAGCUUGGUCCGUUAAACAGGUUCUUGAACCUUUGUACAGAGAACAAUCGGUUACAAAUGCAGGCCUUUGAGUCGGCAAAAGGCACUAGCCUAAGGAGUAAGUUUCCACUUCUGUUGAAUGAGGUUCCAAGUCCAUUCCAAUACCAAGGAACUAUACCAUUCUGCAAAAUUUAUCCAGGCAUUAAACCAGUUUUGUCACUAGUGUGUGGUCCCGAUAGCUAUAUAACGUCGAUUGCAGGUGUGAAAUACGACUUAUCACAGGGUCCAAUCGGGGGGCUACUUUCAAGAAAAGGUUGGGAUAAUUCCAACGUUUAUAAGCUGUCAUAG